AUGGACGAGAAACAUAAGGAACUAUUGAAAUUUCACAGAACUCGAUUUCUGCAAUGUGUAGACAUCGACCGUUUGAUUCCACAUUUGCAAUCAAAUGGAGUAUUAAGUAAUGAUGACGUGACAGAUUUAAGGAAAUACACUAGUUCGGGAGCAAAGGCAGAAAAACUUUUAGAUUUGUUGCCUUCUAAAGGCUCCCAGGCCUUCCAAGCCUUCUGCUUGGCUUUGGAAAACACAUACCCUCACUUAUUGACAGUAAUGUUUUUGAGUGGUAACAAAAAAAUGAGUGGUAUGAACGAUGAUCUUCGAAGUAGUCCAUCUUCUGCUCCACAGUCCUUAUGCUCACAUCAAGAUGCUGAUCUCUCCCAAAAUAUUCUGAAAACUGAUCUCCACGUCGUGAACAGUGAUCGAGAAGUGUGGCGUAGAAAUCAUUCGAAGCUGGAUCGAGAAAAUUCUUAUCGCCGACUUACCACUAGUGGUGACAGCAUGAUUUCUUCUUUAAGUACAUUGAGUAAAAAUCAUGGGGUUAGCACCAGUGAUCACUCGUUGAAUUCUAAUCGAGAGUAUGAGUCGGUUCAUCCCAUCAAUGACACUCAUCACAGGUACACCACUAACGAUUUCUUACACAAGCAAGAAUCCUCACUGAGGGAACCCGAGUUUUAUCAUUCAAAGCAAAAGGGAUCCUCGUCCAAAGUAGAUGAUCAACGGCAUGAAACAAUCAUUUUGAAAAAGCAGUAUAACGAACUCCUGGCCGAUAAGCUGAGGUUAGAGCAAGAAAUAGAGAGGUUGAAGCGGUUUCGAGAAGAAGACAGAAAAGAAGUGAAUGAAUUACAAAGGCAGCAACAGGAAAUGUUGACCGAAAAUGGAGGCGAAGCGGCUCAUCAGCUCUAUUUAACUGUGGUAAGGAAGUGUGAAGCCAUGAAAGAGGAGUAUGAUAACCUCCACAAGAGGUAUGCAGAUCUCGUGGCUUCUCAUAGCGCGAGUGUAUCGAAACUGGAAGUGACGCAGGAAGAGUUGAGUUGUUGGAGGAAGCGAUACGAAGAUCUUGCCCAUGAACGCAAUGCUGCGAUGCAUGAGCGUAAUGGGUUGCAGCAGCAAUGCACGGCAGCUAUCCGACAGUGGGACAAUGCACUGAGAGAACGCAACGAAGCUAGAGAACAGCUUGCAAAGGUCCAGCAGCAACGGGAUGAAGCCAUGAAAGAAAUCAACCAAGCCAUGGCAGUCAGAAUCAAAGCCACCAAAGAUCUGGCUCGACUGACUGAAGAGAGGAACGCUGCCGUCCAAGAGUACUCUCUGAUCAUGUCUGAGAGGGACACUGUGCACAAGGAAAUGGAAAGGCUGCAGGAAGAGUUGAACGAGGCACAGAAGAAGAUAAAGAGCACCGAAGGCAAUAAGAAGGCUAAUGCGGAAGAAGUUGAGACGUUAAGAAGGGAGAUAUCAUCCGUGCUGCAAGACAGGGAUCACGUUUUGAAAGAAUGCAACGAGCUGCGCGAGAAGUACGGAGACUAUGUCACUGGUCGGGAAGAAGGCAGCCAGAGGGAGAAGGACUGGAGGAAGUGCGAAUCUCACUGGGACUCCAUCUCCAGAGAGAGCUCUCGAAAGGAACGCGAAAACCAGUGGCAGAAUUCCUGCGAUGGAAUGAUCAAGACUCAGUGGCUGGAUGACUUGGAUCAAGCCAACAGUGAAUUGGAGAGCUUAAGAAGGCAAGUUGAGAGGCUUCAGGCUGAGCUCUUGGAGGCACAGCAAGAAGCCGAAGUGUGCAAGAGGAGACGAGACUGGGCUUUCAGUGAGAGGGACAAGAUCGUAUUGGAAAGAGAGAGCAUCCGAUCCCUGUGUGAUAAGUUGCGGAAGGAAAGGGAUCGAGCGGUCAGCGAUUUGGCCGAGGCACUCAGGGAUUCUGAUGACGUAAAAAGACAGAAGAAUGAAACCUCUAAGGAGCUUAAAGAACUCAGGGAAAAGAUCGAGGCUCAGCAAGAGAAAGAAUCUCGAAUGAAGCAGUUGAACUCGGUCGGAAAUAACCACAGCCGAGAUUCUGCCAUUGAUGCCGAUAUGCAAGAGUGGGAUACAGAAACAGUUGAAGUUGCCUUGAAAUUUUCUUCGGAGGAUGAACUUGGCCUUGAGCUUGGAGGUGGCAAGAGUGAUAAUCAAAAUGGAAAUGAAAAUCCCAUCUUUAUUCGGAAUAUUGCAAAAGGCAGCAAAGCGGAGGGUAAACUCAAAAUCAACGACUGCAUUGUGAAAAUCAAUAACAUCGAUGUUUCUAAUGUGGAUCGCAAAACAGCAAUUGAAGCCAUUAAAAAUUGCAAUGGAACGACUCUGUUGGUCGUAAAAAGAAGAAAGAUGACCAACAGUAGAGGCGUGAAUAAUGUAAUUUUGAGUGUCCAUGGAGGUAAACAUCAUGGUUUAGCUGUUGAAAAUGGAGUUUACAUUAGUAGAAUCACCCCUGGAUCUGUUGCUGCUAGAGAAGGUUCUAUAGCUGUGGGAGAUCGCUUGCUAUCUAUUAAUGGAAAAUCCAUCGAAAGUGUGAAAAGUGCUAGCGAUUUGCUAGAUCUUGCCAGUUCCACCCUCACUCUACAAGUUUCCAAAUGCAUUCCUUGUCCGAGUUCUCCACCAAGUUCUGUUUCGAAUUAUCAAAAUUCAGAUCAUCGAAACGAGAAGAAAACUUCUAGUCCCAUUGGAAAUCGUGGUCGAGAUAGUAUUCCGUCAUCGCCAGAUAAAGAUGUGCUUCAGACAACACCAAAGAAGCCUUUAAUGUAUGACAAUGACUCUGAGAGCUCUAUAAAAUCACCCGGAAGUCAGGCGGAGCAUUCGAAAAAAUCUCCAGACCUGUCUCCUCUCUCGCCAAUCACCAGACGGAGAAAAGCUGCGUCCGAUGAUCGAACGAGAUAUCCAUCUUCCCAACCGACUUUGUUGGAUCGAGCUUAUAAUAAAAUAUUCGGCGAGAAGCGCACAUCAAAAGACAAGAAGAGUUCUCCCACCAGUCCUCAUUCUUCGGUUCUAGGUCACGAGGAAGAGGAUCCCAUUGCAGAGUUGGAUUCUGUUCUCGAAGUCCACAGCAAGAUGCUGAACAAAUCGGUGAAAGAGAGCGCGAAGAAACCCGAAAAGAACGGAGGCACCUGGCCCAAGUACAAAGGUCCCUUGAUUCAGUAUUCGGAAGUCGGGACAGUCGCGAGGUAUCCUAGUCGCAAAAAAUCUGAGAGGAAGUCUCUAGCAAUGGUAAACAAGCAGUUCAGCUUGUAUGAUCCCACCAUGCAAUGUUCAAAACAAACUCCAGAAUCUCCCAUGAACCACUUGUUAGACGACUGCAGUGAUAAUGAAAAUGGCCGUCUUUCAGUGACCAUGAACAGUGACAGGAUAUCGGUGUUUGUGGACUGUCAACACGGGCACCCGGCCUCUAGUUGUUCCAAAAAGUCCAAUAUUCCUAUUAUCUCACCAAGUGCUAGCAACACUCAGACAUCUAGCUCAGGAUCUUCUUAUGCCUCACCAGAUAUCAGUAGUCCACACAAAACAAGCAUGUCUGGUCAAAGCAAUGAACAGCUGAGUGAUAUCAGGCUACCUUACAACGGGAAUUCCAGUCCCAGCUCAUUACUAGACUAUUCCGUCGUGUCCGCCUAUCCCAACAAGGACGUCCUCGAGUACUACAAGAACCGAAACCGGGCCAGGCCGCAGUCCGCCAUGUUCGGAGUCUCCGACUCCGACUGUCUGAGUUCGCUGGAAUCCAACUCCUCGAGUCAGUGCGGCAAAAACCUCCUGAGCUUGGGUGUGGACAGGACUUCUUUCAGUCAUUCUGUCGGCAUGCCGUUGUCGUUUUCUUCGCCCGACAGACCCCUCAGCGCCCGGUCCGGGCACAUGUAUCCCGUUACAGUUCCUACGAGUAUUACGUCAUCCGUCAUGAGUCCUCCGAACCUCCUCCGGAGCAGCACCCCUUUCUACACGCUCAGCACCGGCCAGCGCGGCAUCACCCACUCGCAUCACCCCCAUAAUCACACGACGGGUAACCACGGAAACGCCCUGGUCGUCUCUCCGCUGCCUUCCGCUUCCCGCUAUUCCUCUCCGCCCGGUCUUUCCGUUUACACUUCCAGGAGCGGGGAUUCCCUCCUGAGCGUCUCCGCCACGGAAUCCAUGCUCGUGGAUUCCCGCUCUUUCCACACCCACGCCGACAGCGGGAGGUAUUCCCUGAAGGACAGCAGCCGGCACAGCUUCACCCCUUCCCCCUCCCCCUGCCCGUCCCAGUACAGCUAUUCCAAUCCGUCGCCGACCCAGAGCAUCGACCUGCACUACCACCACAACUCUUCCUGCCAGACUCCGAAGCGGGUCGUCCCGGCCCACGUCCACACGGUCUACCGGGAGGACUCCUACGGCCCCUCUUCCGUGACUGACGGAUUACUGACUUACCCCAAGAGGACGCAGAGAAUACGGAUCCCGUCCAAUCCGAGCGUCACCUCCAAAUCCUCUGCGGGUAAGGUGUCCAGCAGUUCCAUCGAGAAGGCUUCUUCCGUGUCCGAGAGGAGCAGCCCGUUGCCUCCUUUCACGGUCGAGUGGCAGAAUCCCGACGGAUCUCAAGCGUUGGACCUCAGGGGAAGAAUACCUAAGCCUGGUGAUUUGAGAAGCAUUUGCAUCGAAAAGAGCUCCGAGCCUCUGGGCAUCCAAAUAAGCUGUGGAGCUGGGGGUGGCAUUUUUGUUUCCUCGGUAACCAAAAACAGCCUUGCUGCCCAAGCUGGUCUUCAAAUCGGAGAUCAUCUUCUUGAAGUGUGUGGUAUAAACAUGCGUAGUGCAACUUAUGGUCUUGCUGCAAAUGUUUUACGGCAAUGCAUCGACAGCAUUACGAUGCUUGUGCAAUACAAUCCUGAAAAAUUCAGAGAGGUUGUCCCCGAUAACGAAGAUUCCAGCGAUGCGAUGUCUCCCUGUGAAACUCCUGUGAUGCCGCAUAAGAUGAGUCACAUGAAGUCCAUCGAUGCUUCCAACGAGGAUGUGCCGAGUGCCCCCAGUUCUGCAGCUUCUACUCUAACCAAGAAGAAAGCAGGACACAGCGAGAAAAGGAACAAAAGCUCCAACCCUGAAGCGAGACUUGUGAUUUUGAAGAAAGCAACUUCAAACUUGGGCAUCAGUCUGUUGGGCGGAAACGCUGUUGGAAUUUUCGUUCAUGCUCUGCAAGAUGAUUCUCCGGCACAGGGCCCGAAUGGCUUACGAACUGGUGAUCAGAUUUUAGAGUAUAAUGGGAUCGACUUGAGGCACGCAACUGCAGAAGAAGCAGCAUAUGAGCUAGCGAAACCGGCCGACACUGUAAAGAUUUUAGCUCUUCAUAAUAUGGAAAAAUAUCAAGCUAUUCAGGACCAGCCCGGGGACUCCUUUUACAUCAGAGCAAUGUUUGACCGCAUGAGCAUCAAUGGUUCGUUGACCUACCAGAAAGACGAUAUUCUGUACGUGGACAACACUAUGUACAACGGUGUCCCUGGUCUUUGGCAGGCUUGGCUCGUUGAUGAAGAAGGCGAGAAAAUCAAAUGUGGAUUUAUUCCAAGCAAAUACAAGGUGGAGGAGGAGCUGCUGAUGAAGCGCAGCAUCGGGGACCUGGAGGGGGCGGAGGGGGGCAGGAGGGGCUCGACCGCCGCCCGGCGCAGCUUCUUCCGGCGCAAGCGCCACCACCGCAGCCACUCGAGGGAGGGCAAGGAGCUGGCCUCCUUCUCGGACGUCUCCAUCAACAGCUGCAGCGACCUGGGGGAGGAGCUGCUGCCCCCCACCUACCAGAGGGUGCAGAAGAAGCACUACGAGUCCCUGCGGCCUGUGAUCGUGGUGGGCCCCCUGAUGGAAGCUGUGGUGGACCAAUUGGAGCAGGACUUCCCGCACGUGUUCCAACGAUGCAUCCCCGAGAAAAUGAAGGGCUCUCUCUCGAUGAUGGAGAGGGGUCUUCAGGAGCUCAAGUUCGUGGACUUUCGGCGGCGGGGAAACCACUUCGAAUGCACCACCGUGACAGCUAUCAAACAACUCUGUGAUAAAAAUUGUCAUGCUCUCUUGGAUUGUAGUCUUUCAGCAGUUGAGCGGUUAAACCAGUGCAUGAUUUACCCCAUAGUUAUAUUUUUAAAAUACAAAUCAACAAAACAAAUAAGGGAAGUUAAAGACUCUCGAUACUUGACAGAAAAAGUUACAACAAAGGCAGCUAAAGAAAUGUUUGAACAUGCAUUAAAGAUUGAAAGUGAAUACAAGCAGUUAAUCAAUGCUGUUAUUCCAGGCUCCAAUCUGGCCUACAUGUGCACUCAGGUGAAAUCGUGUGUUGAGGAGGAACAGAGCAAAGCCCUUUGGGUACCCAGUGGCUCCCUCUAA